AUGCCUCCUAAAAAGAAAGCACGUAAAGUAAGGCAUGUGGAUGAGGUUACAGCUCCAGAGCAUGGCCAUAGGCAUCGCCAAGAGCGUGAGAGAUCUGCCACUCCUAAUGGUGGCGAGAUUGAUGAGGUGGCAGAUAGGAUUUAUGCUAGGAUUACUAGAGUAGUCCAGGGUGGUGAGCGUAGGAGGGAGGGUUGCACUUUUAGGGAGUUCCAUAAGCAAAACCCUCCAACUUUUGAUGGGGGACCUGAUCCUAUGGUAGUAGAGAAUUGGCUGCUAAAGAUGGAAAAAUUACUAAGAGCCCUUGAAUGUACUGAUGCUAAGAAGGUGUUGUAUGCCACUUAUGCUCUUCAGGGUUCUGCUGAUAGAUGGUGGUCAAGCACUGAGCCAUUGUUGAGUACGGAGUUGGGAAGAGACACUCCCAUUACUUGGGAGAAGUUUAAGGAAGUUUUCAAUAGGACAUACUUCCCCGAUGUAGUGAGGGACCGUAAGGCAAGAGAAUUUUCUGAUUUGGUUCAAGGGGCUAUGACAGUGGAGGAGUAUGUUGCUAAGUUUGUUGAGCUCUCUCGCUUUGCUCCUUACAUGCUUCCAAAUGAGUCCAAGAAAGUGAAAACGUUUCGGGAGGGCCUUAAUGGUAGGAUUCGGCCUCUCAUUAUAGCCUCUAGAGUGGAUACUUUUACGGAGGCUGUGAAGUGGGCAAUGAGUCUUGAAGAAGACUUUAAGCACAACCCCAGUUCCAAGGAGAGUGAAAUGAAGCAAGGGCCCUUUAAUUCUCAACAUGGUAAGGGUCAAGGGCAUAAGAAAGGAUUCUUCAAAAACUCGGGUAAUAGAGGACAAUCAUCUACGCAUAGCAAGAAUGCCUAUCCUCAGUCUAGUGAUAAGAAGUCUUGCUCUCGUUGUGGUAAACUUCAUGAUGGACAAAAUUGUGAUAGGGUCAAGAUUUGUUUUGUUUGUAAGCAACCCGGACACUUUGCUAGAGAUUGGCCAAGUUCUAAGGGCUCGGGUUCCUCUUCCUCAUCUCAAGUUGCAAAGGGUAAUGACAAUGGGAAGAAGGUGCAAGGUAGAGUGUAA